GGAGGCCGGGAGCAGUGGACUACCUUCUCGCGCCCCCCUGGGGGCAGGCGGAAGAGAGCAAUGAAACUGCUAACUUGAAAGUGGGGGAUGGCACGACUGAGGCGGGAAGUCACGACGCCCCCUCCCCUCGCGCGCGCUCAUGAGAAUUAAGUGACAAUCAUACAAACAACAAAAAAAUGACAACCUCAUGGAGUGACAGACUGCAAAAUGCAGCAGAUCUUCCUGCAAAUAUGGAUGGGCAUGCUAUGAAGAAGUAUCGUCGGGAAGCAUAUCACCGGGUUUUUGUGAACAGAAGUCUAGCCAUGGAAAAAAUAAAGUGCUUUGGAUUUGAUAUGGAUUAUACAUUAGCCGUAUAUAAAUCCCCAGAGUAUGAAUCCCUUGGGUUUGACCUGACAGUGGAAAGGCUAGUUUCAAUUGGAUACCCUCAAGAGCUGCUUAGUUUUGUCUAUGAUCCUACAUUCCCUACCAGAGGCCUGGUAUUUGAUUCCCUUUAUGGAAAUUUGCUGAAAGUCGAUGCCUAUGGGAACAUCCUAGUGUGUGCACAUGGCUUUAACUUCAUGAGGGGGCCAGAGAUCCGAGAACAGUACCCUAAUAAAUUCAUCCAGAGAGAUGACACUGACAGGUUUUACAUUUUAAACACACUGUUCAACCUACCAGAGACUUACCUGUUGGCCUGCCUGGUUGAUUUUUUUACAAACUGUGACAGGUAUUCAAGUUGUGAAACAGGGUUCAAAGAUGGAGACCUCUUCAUGUCAUUCAGAAGUAUGUUCCAGGAUGUGAGAGACGCGGUGGAUUGGGUUCAUUAUAAGGGAUCCCUUAAGGAGAAGACAGUUGAGAAUCUGGAGAAGUAUGUGGUGAAAGAUGGAAAACUGCCUUUGCUGCUGAGCCGAAUGAAUGAGGUGGGAAAGGUGUUUCUUGCCACAAACAGUGAUUAUAAAUACACUGAUAAAAUUAUGACUUAUCUGUUUGAUUUUCCACAUGGACCAAAGCCUGGCAGCUGUCACCGGCCAUGGCAAUCAUACUUUGACCUCAUCCUUGUGGAUGCGCGUAAACCUCUUUUCUUUGGAGAAGGCACAGUCCUGAGGCAGGUGGAUACGGUUACUGGCAAAUUGAAGAUUGGUACUUACACAGGCCCAUUGCAACAUGGCAUUGUCUACUCUGGAGGCUCCUCUGAUACAAUCUGUGAUCUUCUGGGGGCCAAGGGCAAAGACAUAUUGUACAUAGGUGAUCACAUUUUUGGAGAUAUCCUGAAGUCCAAAAAACGCCAGGGUUGGAGGACGUUCCUAGUGAUUCCAGAGCUGGCACAGGAGCUUCAUGUCUGGACAGACAAAAGCUGCCUGUUUGAAGAACUUCAGAGUCUAGACAUCUUUUUGGCUGAGUUAUACAAGCAUUUGGAUAGUAGCAGCAAUGAGCGUCCUGACAUCAGUUCCAUCCAAAGGCGUAUUAAGAAAGUGACUCAUGACAUGGACAUGUGCUACGGGAUGAUGGGGAGCCUGUUCAGAAGUGGCUCCAGACAGACCCUCUUUGCAAGCCAGGUGAUGCGCUAUGCGGACCUCUAUGCAGCAUCAUUCAUCAACCUCUUGUAUUAUCCCUUCAGUUACCUGUUCAGAGCUGCCCAUGUGCUGAUGCCACAUGAGUCAACAGUAGAGCACACCCAUGUGGAUAUCAAUGAGAUGGAGUCACCUAUGGCUACCCGAAACCGUACUUCAGUGGACUUCAAAGAUUCUGACAAACGACACCAGCUGACCCGAUCUGUGAGUGAGAUUAAACCACCCAACCUCUUCCCUCAAACUCCCCAAGAAAUAACACAUUGCCAUGAUGAGGAUGAUGAUGAAGAAGAAGAGGAGGAGGAAGAAGAAGAAGAAUAGAAAUGAAAUUUGAACCCAUCCUGGCAAAGCAUGGCUGUAGCAGUGAUUAGCAGGAACAGAAUCCCACUAGUCCUGGGGUAUGGGGUGGGCAUGACAACAAAAUUAACACUAAUCAGAAACCCUUUAUUCUUUGCAGACUUAUUCCAACUGUAAAGGAUUUUGCACUGCGUGAGGGUAGGACCAGACACAGAUGCCUAACUGCAUUGCUGUACCUAUAGAACAUGAGAGGGAAGGGCUGCUUGUGUGUCCUUUGUUCCUCUUACUUGUGCGUUUUAUUAAAACUGCCUCCAAGAGAUGGUUUUGAAUUGGUGCAGUGAGCCUGCCGUAGGACCUGCAGCAAUCACAGUAGCCAGUAUCAGUUCAUCACAGCUGGCACCUUUUGGGAAAAGAUGUAUCCCAAAACCUAAUACUGUAUGCACGGAAAUGGUGGCAAUUCCAGAGUUAAAUCCACCCCUGUUAAGCACAAUAUUCCUUUUUGAAAUAUAAUUCUCUAAUCUCCUCCUA